CAAAGGAGCAGUAAAAGGAGAGUAGCUCCCUGUGUAAGGAGUGUUUGUGUCCGGCAGCUGGAGGGAGCCGCCUUCGCUGGGCUGACCUCGGCCUUCUGCCUCACCCUGGUGCUGCUCUACUUCUGGGGACAAGCAGAGAAUGACUACAACGACUUUGACUGCCCAGAGGGAAGACGCUCCAUCACAGUAUCCAGAUUCCUAACUCUGCCUGUCUCCCCUGUGGGCCUGCUGUCACUGUGGCUGGGAAGGUUUCUCUUUGGGAACUUGGGCUUCUGGUUCCCCUGGUCUGUGGUGCUGCUGGUCCUGGCUGCAGGCUUCUUCAUCUACGUCACUGUUCUCAUGCUGCUGGCCGUGUGCUUGUUGGCAGAAGGCCAGAAGCUUCAGUUACACUGGAGUCACAAGGUUGGGAUCCUGGUGAGCUUCAUCUUCUCCGUUGUGGCCAUCAGCAUGUUGUCUGACUUAUGGGCCAAGGAAUGGAUGACGCUGCUGCUUUCCUUCCAGGUAACUGCCCCUUACUUGCAUGUGGGAGGAGUCUCACUGAUGACAUCACUGGCCUGGCCAGUAGCUCUGCACACUUUUCGCACGAGGAGCAGAGUGAGGAGGGGCCUGAUGAUGGGGGUGUACCUGACAGCGCUGAUGGGACUCUACAUGGUGCCCCUGGGUUUGUAUUCUCCAUGCAUUAAGGAGAAGGGGACCCUGGGCCCCGCCCCGGCUCUCAUUGGUCACAGAGGAGCACCUAUGCUCGCUCCAGAAAACACGCUGAUGUCUUUUGAGAAAGCAGUGGAAGCUGGAAGUGAUGGUCUGGAGGCAGAUGUCACCAUCAGGUUAGAUUUGGAUGGCGUGCCGUUCCUGAUGCAUGACCACACCCUGCAGCGCACCACCAACGUCCAGCAGGUUUUCCCCAGCCGGGCGGACUCCCCAGCGGCCAUGUUCAGCUGGAGCCAGCUGCAAAGGCUGGACGCUGGGACCUGGUUCCUCUCUGCGGAGAAUGGCUUUGCUGGACAGUACUCAUGUCAAACGGAUGGCUGUCCCCUCCAGCUGGAUCCCUUUGGAACGGCUGCCUCUCUGGGGGCAGAGCAGCGACAGCGGGCCAGGGAGCAGUCCGUCUGCAGCCUGCAGGCCUUCCUCCAGCUGGCCGCUCACACCAACAGAGUGGUCAUCUUUGACCUCUACCGGCCGCCCACAGGCCAUCCGUACCGGGACAUCUGGGUUCAGCGCACGCUGGAGGUCAUCCACAACCAAUCAUCCAUUCACUCCUCACAGGUGCUGUGGCUGCCGUCCCAUCUGAGAGCUCUAGUCCAGGAAAGUGACCCUGAGCUCCAGCAGACGUCCGGCAGCCGGCUGCCUCUGGAGGAGCUGCAGAGUAACCACAUCGUCAAACUCAACCUUCAUUACAGCUCCAUGUCCACAGAGCUCAUCAGAGAGCAUGCGGCGGUAAACAUCACCACCAACCUUUAUGUGAUCAGCCAGCCGUGGCUCUACUCUCUGGCCUGGUGCUCUGGAGUCCACUCGGUCAGUACCGAUGCCCCACAGCUGCUCAGGACCCUCAGGUCCCCUCUAGUGCUAAUGAGUCCAGAGGAGUACAACCUGAUGUGGAUUCUCACAGAUGUGCUGUCAUUUGUGCUGGUCUUUGUCUUCUUCUGCUUCCACUGGUGGAGAGAGCGGGAACUGGCCCUCUGCUCAGACAAAGGGACUCUGGACAGUGGCUUCAAAUUCAAAACAGAGAUGAGUGACAUCUGGUCAGUGUCCAACUCUAAGUCCCAAAAUGGAGCAGACGGCCAAAAUUCCAGCAAUGCCAGAGCGCUAGCUGCUGAGAGGAGCUGA